AUGACCUACAUGAGUGCUCAAAUCCAAUUUCUUGAGUGCCGACUAUGUCUCAUUCACAUACCGCUUCCCCUCUACCCCCACUUCGUUCAAGCGAUCCUAUCAUUGAUCCUACCGCUAUCACCAGUAUCACCGGAUGGUGAAGGGAAGGACGGCAAUGACUCGGAGCCCGAGGAUGACGACGACGACGAGAGCGUGGUGCCCGACUAUCCUUCACCCAACAGACCUUCGUCCUCAAUAAAAGACUUUGUCAACAUCUCAGUCACCCCUGUCGAGUGCUCUGUCGUGUGUUCCCGGGAAAGCGUUGAGAAAUGGUUCGCGCCUAUCAUCAAGACUCUCGAGACUAGCCAUAGAGGCGACGUUAUGAUUGCCUCAGAGGAGUUCAUGGCAAUUCAGGUGGACGGAGAGGGACUGGAUGCGGGGCAGCGGGUUCUCGAUUUGACGAGCCCGCUUGCAUUGGCUGGAGUAUCAAUCUUCUUCAUUACAACCUACUUCAGCGACUACAUCCUUGUGCCCUCCACUGCGCGCAGCCAUGUCACGAAAGCGCUCCAGCGCCGUGGCUUCGUCUUCGAAAAGCACACUGAAGCUUUCGUUACACCCCACCACAGAAGCAGCUCAACCUCCUCCAACCUGACAAUUCAACCACCCUCACCUCCACCCACUACCACCCUCUCUGACCUUCAAACCCGUACCUUUGAUGCCCUCCAAAAACAGAACGUCACACCUAUAGUCAACAAAAGCACAAGGCUCAUUCUCUGCGCCGCACGUCGCUCAUUUAGUAAAGGCCGCGGAGGAGGUGACGACAGAGGGCUAUAUCUUGGUCUCGUAAAGUGUUUGAUCAGCCGGCCGCAAUUCCUCUCCGUGACGUUGACAGAUGCAGAGCCGGCAUCGCUGCUAUUGCAGAAGGAGAUGUUAAGCAUGUUUGGGAAUGAUGAUGUCUUGCUAGGGUCGAAGGAGGAUGUGUUGAUCCCAAUUGUGCUUGAUUUGAGAGGGCUUCCGGUGGAUUCAACCGGUAUCGUGUGUGGUGUAGCUGGAAAGCUGGUCGGUGGGACAUCAGGAACCUACUUCGAUAAGAGCGAGGCCGUUGAAAUGAGUUACCUGAGUACCGCAAGAGCGGGUACUGUCAUUGUUGCUGAAGAUGACCUUUCGAGAGCUGUUGAGGCAUUGGGGUUGUCGCUAUCGUGA